AUCCAAUAUAUUUAUUAAGCCAAAGGUCACAUUGCGAUCGCGUGCUGUAUUUUAAUUUUUGUUAACAUUAAAUUUCCACGCUCCAUAAAAUUAACAAUACUAAAAGCGCAAACAAAAUAAUAAUUUCUUUAUAACGCACACUGCGCCCGUGCGUAGCUCACACACACACACACACACACACCUGUGUAUAUGUGUGUGUGUGGGCACAUCGAUUCAGCGGACGAUCAGUUACUUUUUGGAGUUCCCCGCGAGCGGCCAAACAAUGAAAUACCAGCUGGAUAACAUGCAUGUGGAUGAUCUGCCCUACUUGGAGCGAGAUCUAAGCUUUGCACAGAAAGUGUCGCUUGCGUUCCUGCUCUUUGGCGAUCAGCACGCCCUGGCCACAUAUGUGCUGCAGAAGCUGCUGGCGCUGAUGGGAACGGCGGACCAGCGUCAGAGCGAUCUCUUGCGCCAAUAUGCGAGCACGAAUCCGAACAAUUGGCGCGGCCAUCUCGUCGAGGCGCUGUGCAUCAUCAAUGCACGCCAGGCGCUGCGCAAGCUGGGCUUUAACUGGCAGGAGCUGCGCCUGCACUAUUUGCCCCAGGUGCUGGAGGUGUCGCUGCAUGUGCAUCCGCUGCUGAAGGCCUUGUACAAUAUAUGCGAGCAGCUGACCAUUGCGCAAACCGGACGCCUCGUCCUGGACAUUAACGAUCAGCUGGCGCGCCGCCAGGCUGGCCGGCAUGCGGACGAACCGCUGCGUUUCUAUGAUCACGCCUAUUUGGAGAUCUUUCUGCUCGACUGGCUGACGCGCCAUCAUCUGCGACUGGGCGACAUCAAUGCCAGGGGCAGCGACAUGCAGCUGCUCAUUGAGUACUUCAAGUUCAACGAUAUGCAUUCCCUGGCCACGCUGCUCGUGCAGACGAUCAACAGCUGCGAUUCCGGCGACAAAUGCGAUACGGAUGCAUCGCAGUCCGUAUCCACAAGCACAGAAUACCCAGCUGCGGCUCCUCUUGCUCCUGUCGACGGCAUCGUGCAACAACGACGCGCCAAUGCUCUGCAGGUGCGAAAGAGCAAUGCCGGCAUUUUGCUCAUCAUCAAUCAGCAGAGAUUUCAUCGCAAUGUCAGCGAGGAGUUGCGCUCGCUGCUGCCCGCCGUGAAGCUGAGCGCACGCGAGGGCACCGACGUGGACAAAAAGCGGCUCAGCGAAGUCUUCUCGGAGCUGGGCUACAGCGUGGAGGCUCACGACAACGUGGACCAUUUGGAGCUGCUCAGCCAUAUGCGCACAGCCUGCGCCCGUUCGAUUCUGCGCGAUUCAUUGAUUGUGUGCAUCUUGUCGCACGGAUUUGAGGGCGCCGUCUAUGGCGCCGACAGCAUUCCAUUGAGCAUCACGGACAUACAGAACGUGCUCUGCGCCAACGAGGAGCUGCACGACAAGCCCAAGCUCCUCAUCAUUCAGGCCUGCCAGCAGAACGCGAAAGAGUUGCAAACGCGCGAUGUGAAUGCCACCACGCAGUCGCCCAGCCAGCAUGCCAACAUGGUGGUGGCCAUGUCCACGGUGCCGCGCUUCGUUGCGCUGCGUCACAGCGUCCAGGGCAGCUGGUUUAUCCAGACGUUAUGCGAUACGGUCAAACGGCAUGCGGCCAGCGAACAUGUGCUAGACAUUCUGACCAUUGCCAUUGGACAGGUGAGCGAGAAGCGCGGCGACAAGGAUCAGAAAAUGGUGCCUCUUGUUACGAGCACGCUGCGACAGAAUGUUUAUUUUCCGGCCAUUUGACCGGCAAUUAGUACUUAGCUUUGCUCUCGAAUCGAGCUCAAUGUUAACAAUAUUUGAUGCAAUAUUGAAAACAGACUUUAGUCAAUAUAAAUUAAUUUCCAUUGUCUUAAAAUUCAUGUUAAUUUGACAAGUAGUUACGCUUUUUGUCAACCGGCCAAGUGCUUGUCAACUUCGACAGACGAUUACCACAUACGUUUGUUAUUAGACUCAUGUUAGCUUGACAAGUGGUUAUAUUUUAAGUCAAUCAAGUGUCCGUUAACUUUGACAGACGGUUGCAACAUGAACUUGACGUAAGAUUCAUGUUAACUUGACAAGUUGUUGUUAUUCUCAUCGGAUCAAUGAUUACUACAAAGUUUGUCGAUAGACGAAUGUUAACUUGACAAGUGGAUAAAUUUUUCAUCAUGUCAAGUGCCUGUCAACUUUGACAGACAGUUAAAACAUAAGUUUGUUGUUACACUCAUGUUAGCUUGACAAGUGGAUAAAAUUUUCGUCGUCUGAUCGAAUGUUUUUCAAUAUGGCCCUCACAUUUCAUGGAAAGCCGUCUGAAGAGUUAAACAAUAUGCAGCUAUCUCAGUUCAAUUCGCUGCGGAUGAAAAAACAGGUCGGAGCUAUGGUCAGAAAUUGGGGGUAUCCAUUAGAGAAUGUUUUCCAUACAUAGUCUUUGCAGUUUCUGUAUAAUAA